AGUGGAGUUGCUGGAGCUGCGGAAAGGGGCAGCUCACAACUUUAUAUCUGCUCCAAACAAGACCGCCACCCCUAUGAGCGCCGACCAGUUCUUGCAACCUUCCGAAGAUGGAGAGCAGCACGUCUUAGGUCUCGCGUGGACGUGGAUACUUUGUUCUUUUUUAGAUGUAGAAUUGCACGGCCGCCUUUAUAUUGUUACGCUUCUAGAAGUUAACGUUCACUUUUAAGUAUUUUCUAUCGUUAGUUUUCUUUCUCUUUUUUUUUUACUGCCUCUGCGGAGUUGCAGCUUGAAUGUUAGGGUAAUGGUAGUGCUAUGCACAUCCGGGCCACAAUGCCGUGACUCCAUUACUCCUCAUUCACUGUAAAACUAAGGAGUCGGGGGGAAAGGGUGGUAUAUUUUAUGAAGCUUUAUGUUUUGUAAAUAUUUUUUAUAAAUUUGCGUCAAGCUGGAACACAAAGGGACAUGUCUAAUCAAGGGGUGAGGAGAAAUGGCCCGGUGAAACUGCGGUUGACAGUCCUUUGUGCGAAGAACUUGUCAAAGAAGGACUUCUUCCGCCUACCUGACCCAUUCGCCAAAGUCGUCGUUGACGGAUCCGGGCAAUGCCACUCAACGGACACAGUUAGGAACACACUGGACCCCAAGUGGAAUCAACAUUAUGACCUGUACAUCGGUAAAUCGGACUCCAUCACCAUCAGUGUGUGGAACCACAAGAAGAUCCAUAAGAAGCAGGGGGCCGGGUUCCUGGGCUGUGUGCGCCUCCUGUCCAACGCCAUCAACCGCCUCAAAGACACUGGCUGUAUGUCUACUCAUCACAGACUCGACCUCAACAAGCUGGGCCCCAACGACAAUGAAACUGUGAGGGGACAGAUUGUGGUGAGCCUGCAGUCACGUGACCGCAUCGGCAGCGGAGGCCCCGUGGUGGACUGCAGCCGGCUGUUCGACAACGACUUACCUGACGGCUGGGAGGAGAGGAGAACCGUGUCUGGCCGGAUCCAGUACCUCAACCACAUCACGCGCACCACUCAGUGGGAGAGACCAACCAGGCCUGCCUCUGAAUACUCCAGCCCUGGCCGGCCCCUGAGCUGCCUGGUAGAUGAGAACACGCCCAUCCUGGACUCGAACGGUGUCGGCGCGGUGUCGAGCGGCCAGCAGUGCGACCCGCGCGCGCAGGAGCGCCGCGUCCGCUCCCAGAGGCACCGCAACUACAUGAGCCGCACCCACCUGCACUCCACCCCCGACCUGCCCGAGGGAUACGAGCAGAGGACCACGCAGCAGGGCCAGGUCUACUUCCUCCACACGCAGACCGGCGUCAGCACGUGGCACGACCCCAGAGUACCCAGGGACCUGAGCAAUGUGAACUGUGAGGAGCUUGGCCCUCUGCCUCCAGGCUGGGAGAUUCGUAACACCGCCACGGGCCGCGUCUACUUCGUGGACCACAACAACCGCACCACGCAGUUCACCGACCCGCGCCUCUCUGCCAAUCUCCACCUGGUCCUCAACAGUCCAAGUCCCAAUGGUUCACGUGUUGGGAUCGAGAGCCAGAACUCUAACCUCAGCAGUCGUCAGAACCAGCUGAAGGAGCAACAACAGCAGCAGCAGCAGCAACAACAGCCGCCGCCGCAGCCGCCUCCACAGCAGCCACCGCCCCCACCGCAGCAGGUGCUGUCACCGGCGGUGCUGCAGGAGGACCCCGACUGCCUGACGGUGCCCAAGUACAAGCGGGACCUCGUGCAGAAGCUCAAGAUCCUGCGCACGGAGCUCUCGGCGCAGCAGCCACAGGCCGGACACUGCCGCAUCGAGGUGUCCCGCGAGGAGAUCUUUGAGGAGUCAUACCGGCAGGUGAUGAAGAUGAGGCCGAAGGACCUGUGGAAGAGACUGAUGGUGAAGUUCCGUGGAGAGGAGGGCCUUGACUACGGCGGGGUUGCCAGGGAGUGGUUGUAUCUUUUAUCUCAUGAGAUGCUGAACCCAUACUACGGCCUCUUCCAGUACUCCAGAGAUGACAUUUACACACUGCAGAUCAACCCUGACUCAGCUGUCAAUCCGGAGCACCUGUCGUAUUUCCACUUCGUGGGCCGGAUCAUGGGCAUGGCGGUGUUCCACGGCCACUACAUCGACGGCGGCUUCACGCUGCCCUUCUACAAGCAGCUGCUGGGCAAGCCCAUCACCCUGGACGACAUGGAGUCCGUGGACCCCGACCUGCACAAGAGUCUCGUCUGGAUCCUGGACAAUGACAUCACGGGCGUGCUGGACCACACCUUCUGCGUGGAGCACAACGCCUACGGUGAGAUCAUCCAGCACGAGCUCAAGCCCAACGGCAAGAGCGUGCCCGUCAGCGAGGACACCAAGAAGGAGUACGUCAGGCUGUACGUCAGCUGGAGGUUCCUGCACGGCAUUGAGGCUCAGUUCCUGGCCUUACAGAAGGGCUUCAACGAGGUCAUCCCACAGCACCUGCUCAAGGCCUUUGAUGAGAAAGAGCUGGAGCUGAUUGUGUGUGGCCUGGGGAAGAUCGACAUCCACGACUGGAAGUCUCACACGCGGCUCAAGCACUGCACGACCGAGAGCAACUGUGUGAAGUGGUUCUGGAACGCCGUGGAGUCCUUCGACGAGGAGCGACGCGCGCGACUGCUGCAGUUCGUCACCGGCUCCUCCAGAGUUCCCCUGCAGGGCUUCAAGGCGCUACAAGGGGCUGCAGGACCGAGGCAGUUCACCAUCCAUCAGAUUGAUGCGAACACCAACAACCUGCCCAAGGCCCACACCUGCUUUAACCGGAUUGACAUUCCCCAGUACGAGCACUAUGACAAGCUAUACGACAAGCUGCUGACAGCCAUCGAGGAGACGUGCGGCUUCGCCGUGGAGUGACGGGGGCGGGCAGACGAGAGCGACACACGCAGACACGCAGACAGACCGACAGACAGACAGACAGACAAACAAACCGACAGGGAAGGAGGGAGAGAUGGAGGAAAGGAGAGAGAGGGGAGUCUGGGCCUCAGGGCUGCUCUUCCAUACAGCCAACCAGCCCCCUCUGGAGUCACCUGGAGCAGCAGCAGCCAGGCGUCUCUCCACCAGUGGUGGCUACGCUCCAGAGCAGAGGAAGGGAGGCUCACCACGAAGAACACUCUUGCCUAUUCACCCUGUUUGUUUUUUUUUGUUUGUUUGUUUAUUUGUUUUAGUUUUUUUUUUUACUAUUAUUACUUUUAGUUUGUGUGUGAAUGGGGAGGGUGUUUGCUCCGUUCUUCCUAUAUUUAGAUGAUGUUUUCUGUUGUUUUUUUUUUUGUUUUUUUUUUU